ACUGUUCUUACGUGACAUCUUAGAAAACAUGUCUGCUAGAAAAUUACGAGAAGUUACAGAUUUUGAGUGGAGAAGAAGUAUAAGAUGCUACCUUCAUCCUGUUGAAGAUAAACAGGAACCAUUGAUAUGGAUAUUAGAUAAUCACUAUAAUUAUGGUAAUGAGUUUUAUGGUAGUGAUGUGGGUGUGGCUCUAACACCUAUGACAGAAAGAUGUUUUCUAACCAUGUCACAAGCUCUUAAACAACAUCAUGGUAGCUGUGUUACUGGGCCUGUUGGUGUGGGCAAAACGGAAACUGUGAAGGGCCUGGCAAAUAUUUUAGGAAAUUUCCUCGGAAUGUUCCAUUGUUCAAUAACAUUCAAUCCUAUUAGUUUAGGAAAAAUAGCUCAAGGAAUGGCCAUGGAUGGAUGUUGGGGAUGUUUUGACGAAGCACAGAAUUUAAAUAGAGAAGCUAUAGCUGUUUUAAUGGAUUGUUCUUAUAAAAUAUUACAAGCUUUACGAUCAGCUAGUUUAUCUAUUAUAUUAACAGAUGGACAGGAGAUUGGUAUCAAGAACUCUGUAGGAAUGUUUAUGACAUUGAAUCCAUCAGCUACCCCACCAUUUUGUUCGAUGCCUAAUGAAAUCCGUUCAUGUUAUAGAACAAUAUCAUUGAUUAAACCAGAUAUAGGACAAAUACUGAAAGCUAAAUGUUCUGCCAUGGGAUUCCGAGCACCAGGAAUUCUAGCCAGCAGAUUAAAAGUUUUAUCUGAACUUGUCAAAGAUCAAUUACCCUCUGAGUUCCAUUAUCAUUUCACUAUUUCUGCUCUGGUUGGAGUAUUAAAGAGAGCUUGUCAGAAACGAAGGUUUAUGCGUGACGAGAAAGCUCUAGAUAAAACAGAAAGAAGAGACGAAUUCCGAUCUGAUAGUGUAGCAUCAGAAGCCACAGUCAAACUAAACAUGCCUAUACAAACUGGGGGACCGAGUGGUAUGAACAGUAUGGUUAAAUUACCAGGUCAAAGUCAGCGUAAAACCGGAACACCCAAUCCAAUGACAGCGGCCGGAAAAUUAGAACAUUCUCUGGUUUGUCAAACUAUAGAAGAAAUGCUCUCACCAAGAAUGGCGGCUCAGGAUCAAGCUCAGUUUAAGAUAAUAUUAAAAGAUGUAUUUGUUGGAUUACCUGAUUCACCAGCAGCACGUAAUGCUCUAUCAGCUAAAUCACGAGGUUUUGAUCUAGAAGCUGCUCUUGAGAAUAAGGCAAUGGAUGCUGGUCUUAUAGCGCAUAAACCCUGGAUUAAUCGCUGUAUGCAAUUACAUAAUUUGUCACAGGUCUCUAAUGGUAUAAUUGUAGCUGGUCCUCCCGGUAGUGGAAAGUCAACAUGUAUUCAGACCUUAGUGGAUGCCCUUUGUGUUACUCCACGUGGUUUGUCACGACAAUCUCAGACUAGUCGUACCUCUAAACCUACUGAGACCAAUCAUAAACUAUUAAAAAUUAAUCCAUUAGUUGUUGAUGAUUCCUCUCUUAUGUUUGGUUAUCUCAAUCAAGCUAAUGACUGGGUAGAUGGUAUAUUUACAUCAGCUUGUAAAAAGGCAAACAGGAAUAUGAGCACAACAUGGUUGUGUUUAGAUGGUCCAUUGAUACCUGGAUGGGCAGAUAAUUUUAACAGUGUCCUUGCAGCAGAAAAGGUGUUGCAUCUAAAGAAUGGUGAUAAAUUAUUUUUAUCAGAUAAUGUAAUAUUAUUAUUUGAAACUGAUAGUUUAUGUGAUUCAUCGCCAUCUACUAUAGCUAGAUCUGGUAUAUUAUAUGUAGAUAAAGAUGUUGUAGGAUGGAAACCUAUAGCUAAAGCUUGGUUAGGAAAUAGAUCUCAACAAGAGGCCCAUGUGCAAGUUGGACGAAAGGAAUUUACCAGAUGA